AUGAGUGGAUUCGCUACCACUUGUCUGUCGUGCCUGGCCGCCGUCGACCGAUGGUGCCAUAUCACCGCCUGUCUCGGGGCUGGCCGUUCCCGAGAAGACAUCUAUGAAACAACUUUGGCAGAUAACGAACGAGAGGCGGUCUCAGAUCUGUUAGGCUAUCUUGAGAAUCGCGCCGAAACCGACUUCUUCUCAGGUGAACCACUGCGAGCUUUGAGCACUCUCGUAUACUCCGAUAAUAUUGACCUACAACGGAGCGCAAGUCUGACGUUCGCCGAAAUCACCGAACGAGAUGUACGAGAGGUAGACCGCGAUACCCUGGAUCCUAUUCUUUUCCUGUUGCAGAGUUCCGAUCUCGAAGUCCAGCGAGCUGCCAGUGCAGCCCUGGGCAACCUUGCUGUCAAUGGUGAAAACAAGGUCUUGAUCGUCGCCCUAGGAGGGCUGGCCCCUCUGAUCCGCCAGAUGAUGUCGCCGAAUGUGGAGGUGCAGUGCAAUGCGGUGGGUUGUAUCACAAAUCUGGCCACACAUGAAGAAAAUAAGGCCAAGAUCGCUCGAUCGGGCGCGCUGGGUCCUCUCAUCCGGCUGGCCAAGUCGAAGGACAUGCGCGUUCAGCGGAAUGCGACUGGAGCGCUGCUCAAUAUGACCCAUUCUGAUGAUAACCGACAACAACUCGUCAACGCCGGCGCUAUUCCUGUUCUCGUUCACCUCCUCUCCUCCCCUGAUGUUGACGUUCAAUACUACUGCACAACUGCACUUAGCAAUAUUGCAGUCGACUCGACCAAUCGCAAACGACUGGCCCAAACCGAGUCCCGUCUCGUCCAAUCAUUGGUCCACUUGAUGGACUCAUCCACCCCCAAGGUUCAAUGUCAAGCCGCCCUCGCCCUGCGCAAUCUGGCUUCCGAUGAGAAAUAUCAGCUGGAAAUUGUUCGGGCUAAGGGGCUCGCUCCUCUGCUUCGACUUCUCCAAUCAUCUUAUCUCCCCUUGAUCCUUUCUGCCGUUGCUUGCAUUCGUAACAUCUCUAUUCAUCCGCUUAACGAGUCCCCGAUCAUUGAAGCGGGCUUUCUGAAGCCGUUGGUGGACUUGCUAGGUACUACUGACAAUGAGGAGAUUCAAUGUCAUGCCAUAUCAACACUGCGCAACCUUGCUGCUAGCUCUGAUCGCAACAAGGAGCUCGUCCUGCAGGCUGGUGCUGUGCAGAAAUGCAAGGACCUCGUUCUCCGGGUCCCGCUAACCGUCCAAUCCGAAAUGACUGCUGCCAUCGCUGUGCUGGCCCUCAGCGAUGAUCUCAAAAUUCACCUGCUGAACCUCGGGGUAUUUGACGUUUUAAUACCCCUGACCAACUCUGAGAGUGUCGAGGUGCAAGGAAACAGUGCAGCUGCUUUGGGCAAUCUUUCUUCUAAGGUGGGCGACUAUUCGAUCUUUGUCCGUAACUGGACAGACCCGAACGGCGGCAUCCACGGCUACCUUCAACGAUUCCUCGCAAGCGGCGACCCUACCUUCCAGCAUAUCGCUAUAUGGACUCUUCUCCAGCUCCUCGAAUCCGGAGAUAAGAAGCUCAUCGGGUACAUUUCGAAGUCCGAGGACAUUGUACACAUGGUGAAGUCAAUUUCCGACAAGAAUAUCGAAUCCGACGAUGAGGAUAUGGAUGAUGGUGAGGGAGAAGUGAUCGCACUCGCUCGCCGGUGCUUGGAGUUGCUGGGCGCUGGUCCCAAGCAGACUCUGGUUGAGGCAUAG